AUGCAAGCCAGUCAGAGCUGUUACGCCAAGCUUCCAACACUAUACUGUGCAUUCGUGGUUGAUGAAUGUUUUGAAAUACGGAAGAGUAUUGGCAAUGCUUGUUAUCCCAGUGAAAAAAGCUGUGAGAAUCCCGUAUAUGACACUUGUUCAUGGUAUGGUAAUUGUCUUGAGCAAAAGAAGAGUUGUGGUAAAAAUGGAUAUGCUGUAAAUUAUGGGCUCCGAUAUUGUCAAAAAUUUGCUCAAAAUUUAGCAGAAUUUUCAUUCGCUGGUAAGAAUUGGGUGAGUAAAACAAUGAACUGUCUCCAGCAAUCAUUGGUAGAAGCCUAUCAAGAUGAUACAGUUACAUGUGAUGAUAUUACGAAUGCUGCAUUUGAUUCUCAUGCAAAGUGUUAUGUGAACAGCGGUAUUUGUAGUUUGGUUUUACAAUCGGCUGAAAACGUGUUUCGUGAUAUGAAAGCAUUAGGAAGUGUUUAUGAUUUUAAAGAUUUUCUCAGUUGGAAAGCACUUAAACAAAUCGAUGAAACAGCAUCAGCCUGUACAGAACAAUCUCCAUAUUUAGUACUACUCAAAUUAAUUUUACAAUAA